AUGAGUGUGAGAGGGAUAAAUUCAUAUCAUAUCUCUUCACCAGGUAUUCAUGCAAUCACAACUUUUAGAUAUGAUAGUGAAAGAGAGUUGCGCCGGUUAGAAAGAAGAAAACUUGUAGAUAAAUGCAAGCAACUAAAAGUACAAACAACAUACUCUAGUUCAGACGGAGAAAUGAUCAACAGUAUACUGCUAGCACAGGGCUAUACUCUACCAUGGCCAAUAGUACAAAGUAUAUUGACAUAUGCUUCUCAAUACAACUCUCUUUGUACUUGUGUUAAUAGAGAUGAGUUAAAGAGAACUUAUCAAACAAGAUCGAGACCAAAAUAUUGCGAUCAAGAUGAUCAUCAACAUCAAAUGGUCCUUCAUACCAACAUGAUGACACACGGUGAUAUGAAACAACAUUCACUCACUCGAGAUCAACUAUGUCCUCUUCAUCAAUUCAAUCUCGAUCAAGGGUAUGAACCAAACUUUGUGCUAGGCAGUCCACCGCCGCCGUUAUACAAGGUAUCAAGAGAGAGUUGUAGAUGGAUGCGUAGUAUGGCAUUACUAAGCAAGAGAAUAUUUGCAUUCAUAUCAACGACACUAUUUACCAACAUUGUAAUGGAUCCAACAGCAGAUACAUGGAGUCAUAUCACUAACAACUAUUGUAUCAUCAAACAACCAAAGAUAUUGACACUUGUCUCUCCAUCAUCUGACACUCAACUCUUCUUUACAAACAAAUCACAAUCCUCAUCAUCCAUUCAAUUUCUAAAGAAUGUCGAAAAGAUAUACAUUAAAGGUACUCAUCUAGUUGAAAAGGUAGCAACUAUUAGAUCAUUAAUCAACUUGACACCAUCUCUAACGUCACUCACUGUAAAGUGUGAGAUUGAACAAUCAGUAAUAAUUGACCUUUUAAAUUACCCAACUAAAUCAAUGACAUCAAUCAACUUUGGCAAUGCAGAAGUUCAUCAUUCAAGAGGUGAGAGACCAUUCAAGUCUGACUGUCUUAUUCAAAAUCUUACAAAGAUCAUUCUCCCAUUUUCAUUUGAUUGGAAUAGUUUGAGCAAAGACAUUAAACAUAAUCUUCAAGUCAUUUCACUAAUGUAUUCACGCACUUUUCAUACUCAACCAAUCCAAGACAAUAUCAAAUUAAGUGCAAUAGAUUUUCCAAAUCUUCGACAUGUUCAUACCAAAGACAAUAGUGGAAAAGCUCCAAACAUUCCAGAGCAUAUUGAUAAAGUUACCUAUCUGGAAGAGGUAUCUAAAGAUGUCAUAAACCUCCUUUCAAUGUUUAAUAUUUCAACACUGCGAGUAAGAUCAAUCUAUGUGAGAUAUUUGACUGAUUACAACAAGAUAUCAUCUCUCAAAAAGAUUGUAAUCUUUUCAAAAACAGAUAUUUGUGCAACUGAAAUCAAUCAUUUCAAUAGUAUUGGAUUUGAUUUUAUUGGCUCAAUGGCAAAAUCAAAUCAAAGGAAAUUAAUAUUUAUCAAAAAUGGUGAAACAAAUCAUAAUAACCCAAUAACUUUAAAUAAUAAUAAUAAUAGUCCCCAAUUGCCAAUCAAAACAACAACAACUAUAUCAUCCAACAACAACAACAAUAUUAUUCUUCCAAAUAUAAUUAUCAACAAAAUAAUCAAAAUGACAUGGAAAUUAAGAGAACGUUGUACAUGUGUUUAUGAAAAAGAAACUAUUCAAAAAUGGAUUAAUAUUGGAUAUGAUAUUCUAAAAGAUGAACAAGAACUAGAUCGAUUCAAUCAGAUAAAGAAUAAUUGUCCAACUCAUUUCUCAAAUACUCAACCAUAUCAACCAUUAACAUAUGAUUUGAAAAGUAGUAAUCGAUCUAAAUUACAAUUGGCACUUAUCAACAAAGAUAUAUUUGAUUAUAUCUCUAACAAUUGUUUCUCAAUUAUCAAUCUCGAGCACUGUGAUAAAAAAUAUAUAACCAAACACACUAAAAAUCCAUAUUGUGUUGCACUCAAACACUUAACAACAAUCAAAUGUAAUACAGACCAUGACAUGAAUAUUGACAAUAUCUACACAAAUAUCCAAGACAAUUUUCCAAACAUUACCAAAUUGGUUCUCUUUAAUAUAGAUCGAUUCCAAGAUAUCAUUAAAUUAGUACCCAACCUCACUUCGAUUGACAUUACCAAACAUAUUGGGGUCGGAUUGGAUAUCACCAAUCUUCACCAACUCAAAAACCUCACCAAAUUGGAUAUAUGGACACAAAGAAUCCGAAAAGGGUCAUUUUUGGAUGAAAUCAAAGACAUGUCUAUCAAAAAGCUAUGUCUUCCAAUCAAUUAUUUUGACCAACUCCAUCAACUUCCACUUGGACUACGACAGUCAGUCACCAAGAUAACAGCUGCACCCAUAUUGGAUCUCGACGAUUUCCCAAACCUCAACCAUGUUGUGAUUAACGGAUGGCCUGAUUCCAACCCAUUAAAACUACCAAAUACAGUAACAAAGGUCACAUCAUACAAGUAUCAGAUUGACUUUGUAGUUCACAACAAAUCAGUCAAAAAACUCAAAGUUGUCGUUCCAAUUUUAAAUCGUGGACCUUUUGAGCUAUUACUCAAAACUCUUUCAUCGCCACAGUGCUCACCUGUUCAAACAUUUAUUUAUGGUUGUCAUGGUUCAUUUCAAAUUCCCAGCUAUUUAUUCAAUGAUUUUAAUUAUCGAAUAGAGUAUAGUAGGACUAGUUUAGAUGACAACAUGGCUCAAUAUUUAAAAUUAUCAAGAAUUGAUCAAUCUCAAGUUGCCUUCUCAAAUAAAAAAGCUGAUCAUAAUAAGUGCAAUACUAUGUAG